CUCAUAAAACAUUGAUGAGAUGCUCCGAGUUCUAAAAUAAUUACGGGCGUUUCUUUAAUUAAAGGUAAGCGCAAUCAGAGAUCCCUGUUUGUUUUGCAUAUUUAUUUAUUUUUUUAUAUAAAUUAACGUUCUUUGAGAAAAACAACGGCGAUAAAAGCGGAACCGCACCGGAACUGGUUUAUCAAAUGCACACACUUCCUUGCGGUAUCCUUAGGAAAACAGCCGAAUGAUUUCAAUCACGUACAGCCAUGGAUCAUCCAUUAAUUAUUGAUUAAGAGUUCCGUACUUGGAGGACAAUAGCCUAGUUUGUACCGAUGUUGUUCAAACGAAAUCGAGCAUCAAAGUGUGUCGCCUUGCAAUUGAAAGAACCACGUGUCCGAUCCUUUAGCGAUGGACGACGUCGACAACGAUUCGCUCCAUGUCAAAGUAGACGUGAUCUCUACGAAUAAUCAAUGCAAAAUGCCGAUUCUGCCAAAAUCUUUAUCGCUGGAAGAAAAGAAAUAUCUUUUGGCUGUGGAACGUGGAGAUUUAGCUAAUGUUAAGAGGAUGUUGCAGUUAGCUCAGAGGUACAACGUCUUUAACGUAAACUGCAUGGACAGCUUAGGAAGGACGGCUCUGACCUUGGCAAUCGACGGUGAAAAUCUUGAAAUGGUAGAGCUUUUGGUCAUCAUGGGCAUAGAGACCAAAGAUGCUCUCCUUCAUGCCAUUAACGUGGAAUUCGUAGAAGCUGUGGAACUGCUCUUGGAGCACGAGGAGAUCAUCCACGAAGAAAACGAGCCUUACAGUUGGCAAAAAGUUGAUGUAAACAUAGCGACUUUUACGCCGGAUAUAACGCCUUUGGUUCUUGCUGCUCAUAGAAAUAAUUACGAGAUCCUGAAGAUUCUCUUGGAUAGAGGAGCGAAUCUUCCCAUGCCCCACGAUAUAAAGUGUGGAUGCGACGAUUGCAUUAAAAAUACUAAAGAGGAUUCGUUGAGGCAUUCGCUUUCGAGGAUGAACGAGUACAAGGCUUUAGCCAGUCCAUCUCUGAUCGCCCUAUCCUCGACAGAUCCGAUCCUCACGUCCUUUCAACUUUCUUGGGAACUGAAAAAUCUUGCCUUUGCCGAACCAGAAUGCAAAUCGGAGUACAUGGAACUCCGAAUGCAGUGUCAGCAGUUCGCCGUCGAUUUACUGCAACAAUCUCGUAGUUCGAGCGAAUUGGCAAUCAUUCUGAAUCACGAUCCGUAUGAUUUGAAUCAAAAAGAUGGAGAUGAGAUGCAACUUACGAGGCUUAAAUUGGCCAUCGAGUUUAAGCAAAAGAAGUUUGUCGCUCAUUCGAAUAUUCAACAACUGGUAACGGCAAUCUGGUAUGAAGGUCUUCCAGGUUUUCGGAGAAGAUCAACUUUGGCUCGAAUCUUGAUCAUCUGCAAAGUUGCUUUACUGUUUCCUUAUUACUGCCUCAUGUACAUCGUUGCUCCAAGAACUGCCAGUGGUAGGAUGAUGAGGAAACCGUUCAUGAAGUUCCUAAUUCACGCCUCGUCUUACCUAUUCUUUCUAUUUGUUCUUAUAUUAGUGUCGCAAAGAGCUGAAGAACAUAUGCUGGAAUAUUUCAAAUUAAAACAACCAGAAGAAUUCCGGCCACAGCGCGGAAACCCGCCCAGCAUACUUGAAUACAUCCUGAUCAUCUUCGUGCUUGGCUUCAUCUGCGAGGAAAUCAACGAAAUCUACGUCAAAGGUAUCCGCGCGUAUCAUAGGAAUCUGUGGAACGUUAUAGAUUGUGGGAGAAAUAUCCUUUACUUCCUGGUGUUUGCGCUACGUGUUGUUGCGUACGUUCAGCAAAGAGAAGAGAUUUCUCGCGAUCCUCAGAUGGCGUACAUCCGACGCGAGGAUUGGCAUGAUUAUGAUUUACAGUUGAUCGCCGAAGGAUUAUUUGCAGCUGCGAACAUCCUCAGCGCCCUCAAAUUGGUGCAUUUGUUCUCCAUAAAUCCGCAUUUGGGACCGCUGCAGAUUUCGCUGGGCAGAAUGAUUAUCGACAUCGUUAAAUUCUUCUUCAUCUAUACUUUAGUCUUGUUCUCAUUUGCUUGCGGUUUGAAUCAACUGCUUUGGUAUUUCUCCGAUUUGGAGCAUAAGAAGUGCUAUAACGGUGGUACUCAACCCGACUUGGAGAAAAACGCAGAGGCCUGUUCCAAAUGGAGAAGAUUUGCAAACGUAUUUGAAACAUCCCAGUCACUCUUUUGGGCAAGUUUCGGUAUGAUCGAUAUUGAGAAUUUUGAGUUAACUGGGAUCAAAAGUUACACUAGAUUCUGGGGUCUCCUUAUGUUCGGUUCUUAUUCAGUAAUCAACAUAAUAGUUUUAUUGAAUCUACUAAUUGCAAUGAUGUCCAAUUCGUAUGCUAUCAUUGACUGCCACUCGGACACGGAAUGGAAGUUUGCGAGGACGAAGCUCCUGAUGAAUUAUUUCGAUCAAACACAAACGCUUCCACCUCCGUUCAAUAUCCUUCCUACUCCCAAAUUCUUCUUGAAGUUAUGCGGAUUACAUCAAAGGAGCAAAAUGAGGAAAUCUCAAAGAAGCCAAAAGCAAGAAAAGGAUCGCGACUAUAGAUAUACUUUGGUGAUGAGAGCGUUGGUGUGGCGAUACGUGACAUCGAUGCAUAGGAAAUGCGAAGAAAACGCCGUCACCGAAGAUGAUAUUAAUGAGGUGAAGAACGACAUCUCGGCGUUCCGCUACGAAAUGCUCGAGAUUCUCAACAGAAACGGAAUGGAUGUAUCUUCUGCUGAGAAGAAAGAGAAAGUUAUUGCUGGUAAAAAGAUGAAGAUCUGGGAGAGAAGACUAAUGAAAGAUUUCAAAGUUGUCCCUGUGAAUACUAAAGAGCGUAUAGUCAGCGAAGACGGCGGUACUCUGAGCGGCAACGAAGACUCCUUGACGAGAUUUAGGCGAGUUGCAAAGUUAGCUUUAAUUAAUUCCAACUUGAAUAAGUGGAAGCACGUUGUGAAAGAUGCUUAUGUAGCUUCGCAGAUCGGACGCUGCAACAGUAAACAGGAUUCGAAGAAGCAACGGAACCUGCAGCAGGCUAUGAAUGAAGCUAAGAGGAUUGCCGAAUCGGAGGAGGAGCCCAUAGAUACCCCGAAUAUCAAGUUACCAGAUGUCACCGGGGAUAACCUUCUGGGGUUGAUAGGAAGUGAGAAUGAUCAGCAUCUAACGCCGCGCGUUAUCGUACACAAUGAAUUAAAUGGAAACGAGGUGGAAGGUGAGAAUGCCAUCAGACUGCUGGAGGAUAGCGAGAACGGAAACACGGCAGGAUGGAUUUAGCUAAUUGAUUUAAGCCCAACACUUCAACCUGCAAUUAAUAAGCUGACAGUUAAAGUGAAGUGGGCGUUAAUGCUGUACUUAACUAUUACUGAAACACUGGACCAGUGGCAUUGCCAAUAGAUAUGUAACUAAAUGAAUUCCUUACAAUUUUAAAUAAA